CCACGCCGUCGUUCGCGCCCUCGUCCCGCAGCCGGACCGAGAGCGCCGCGCUUUCGCAGCAGGCGGGCUUGGGAAGAUGGACGUGCCGCGGCUGGACCAUGCCCUGAGCAGCCCGAGCAGCCCCUGCGAGGAGGUCAUCAAGAACCUCAGCCUGGAGGCCAUCCAGCUAUGCGACCGCGACGGUAACAAAUCACAGGAUAGUGGCAUAGCAGAGAUGGAAGAGCUUCCUGUACCACAUAACAUCAAAAUAAGCAAUAUUACUUGUGACUCAUUCAAGAUCUCAUGGGAAAUGGAUUCAAAAUCAAAGGACCGCAUCACACACUAUUUCAUUGACCUCAACAAGAAAGAAAACAAGAACUCUAAUAAAUUUAAACACAAGGACGUUCCAACAAAGUUGGUGGCCAAAGCUGUCCCCUUGCCUAUGACUGUCCGUGGGCACUGGUUUCUGAGCCCGAGGACUGAGUACACGGUAGCCGUGCAGACUGCCUCUAAACAAGUUGAUGGUGAUUACGUUGUAUCAGAAUGGAGUGAGAUCAUAGAAUUCUGUACAGCAGACUACUCAAAAGUUCAUCUAACACAGCUUCUGGAGAAGGCUGAAGUGAUUGCAGGACGUAUGCUCAAAUUUUCUGUUUUUUAUCGGAACCAGCAAAAAGAAUAUUUUGACUUUAUUAGAGAGCACCAUGGGAGCGCCAUGCAGCCAUCCGUCAAGGACAGCAGCGGCAGCCAUGGCUCCCCCAUCAGCGGGAAGUUAGAGGGCGUCUUCUUCAGCUGCAGCACUGAGUUCAACACGGGGAAGCCACCCCAGGACUCCCCUUAUGGGAGACACAGGUUUGAGAUUGCAGCAGAAAAACUCUUUAACCCCAAUACUAACUUAUAUUUUGGGGACUUCUACUGUAUGUACACGGCUUAUCAUUAUGUGAUUCUUGUCAUUGCCCCGGUGGGAUCACCAGGAGAUGAAUUUUGUAAGCAGCGCCUUCCUCAACUCAAUUCCAAGGAUAAUAAGUUCUUGACCUGUACAGAAGAAGACGGGGUGCUGGUUUACCACCAUGCCCAGGAUGUAAUUUUAGAAGUUAUUUACACUGACCCUGUGGAUCUUUCUCUGGGCACCGUGGCAGAAAUCACAGGUCAUCAGCUCAUGAGUCUAUCUACUGCAAAUGCAAAGAAAGAUCCCAGCUGCAAAACCUGUAAUAUCAGUGUUGGACGCUAAUGCCCACUUUCUUACUGUCACCCAGCCCUGUCUUCCCUUAGGAGCAUUGAUCCUCUAUUGUUCAUUUUCAUCCUCCUAUGUUUUCCGCCGAAGCAUGCAUAUGCCGCUAUCACCAGAAGCAAACUACCACUGUUUUCAUGUCAUUCUGAGCCUUUAGUGUUUCCCCUACCCUUUCCACGACUGUCCAUGGGAUAGUUUUCCUUCUGACACUUGAUUUGCCAGAUGCUGCAAUGUUUUUAUUUUUCCUUAUGCCAAACAUAACAACACAAUUAUAUAGAUUGCUUUAGCAAAAUACAAAAUAAUGGCUUAUAAAUGGUGUUUAAAUAUGCAUCCAUUUUAAUCUACUGAACAAGUAUUGGGAUAACUCCAAAUCGCAUGAAAGGGUGAAUUGCAGCAUGAGUUAAAUCUUAAAGCUUAGAGUUGUCAGCACUUCCAACUUGUUGUUUGACAGUGUUAUUUAUGUUAUUUAUAUUAGCUAACAGAAAACUACUGUGUUUCACAUAAUAAAUAUAAUAGAAAAAUAUUUUAUUUGUAUUGUAUAAAAUAUUUACAAUCAUAUAGAAUAUAUAGAGUUACAUUUUAAUAGCAACUGUAUACAUCUCAUGAAACCAUUUCCCUUAUCAAAGAUGUAAUUUGUAAACCUCAAAUAGUUGUGUAUCUAUCUGUCCUGUUACAAGUAGACGACUUCAAUUAAACAAACUUAUGAAGGUACAUUCCUCUGAUUCAUAAAAGCUGUAAACUAGCAGGUCAAUCCAGAGAAAACAGUAACUCUCAGAAUCAGUCCACUUGUGAGGUCAGUAUUCUUCCCACCCAGGCUGUAAGAAAAUGUGUCUUCAACGUCAUGCUUAACAUUACAGAAAAGACAAAUACAAUUCUGGUUGGCAAUGAGAAAAUGUCUACCUGUUACUUGUUUUUACAAAAAAAAAAACCUGUGUUUUAAAAGUAGGAAAUAACACAAAAUACACUAAAGUUGAUUAAGCAAAUAAAACACUCUGGCCUCUUU